UUAAGAGGUAUUUAAUUGCCGAAGAGGUUUAAAAGGCCAUGCAAGGACGAGGAGAGAGUAGGUAGGAGGAAGAGAGAGAAGAAUAAAAGUCGUGCGAGGGAGAGGAGGAGAGAAAAGAGGAAAAAGAGACGAACCCGACAUUAUGAUGGCAUGUGACUCAUGAAUGAAGACGACAAUAACACACAAGCAGCAUGUCCAUGAUCGUAGGUCAUCGGCAAAACAGCACUCACUCAACCAGGAAAAAAGUUCAGAUAUCAUUUGUGAUUCGAGAUGAGGUCGAGAAGUUUCACCGUUCGUCAGUCAACUCCCUGCAGUAUGACCCUUAUCUCCAGAGGCUAUACUCGGCUGGCCGUGACUCCAUCAUCCGCAUCUGGAACUGCAAGAACCAGAAAGACCCAUACAUACAGUCUAUGGAACACCACACUGACUGGGUCAACGACAUUGUGCUCUGCUGUGGUGGAAAGAAUUUGAUAUCUGCAAGUUCUGACACAACAGUGAAAGUAUGGAAUGCUCACAAGGGCUUCUGCAUGUCCACUCUUCGGACCCACAAGGACUAUGUGAAGGCCCUGGCCUAUGCGCGGGACCGAGAGCAGGUGGCUUCGGCUGGGCUUGAUAAAGCAAUAUUCCUGUGGGAUGUACAAACGUUAACGGCUCUCACUGCCAGCAACAAUACUGUCACAAGAAGCAUGAAUCAGAUAUGUUUGAUAAGUAUAAUGUUUUUAUACACUGAAAGGUACCAGGAAGCAGUGUUAUCCAUGAGCCAAAUGAGUCUUCCACCUGCUCCUGGGGCAAAUGUGAAUAGAACUGAUGAUGAUGACCAACUUAAGGAAUUGACGGUUAAAUUACGGAGCGCAGAAAUCGAAGUUGCAAGAUUGCAAGCUGAGCUGGAGUUGAUUCAUGAUCAACAUUCCAAAGAAAUAUCAUUAUUGGAAAAUGCUAACAUAAGAAAGAUGAAUGUAGAGAAAGAAGUUUGGGAACAGAUGGAAAAGCGCUUAAGAGAAGAGAGAGACUCAGCAGUAAAACAGCUACAGAGCAAGCUGUCUACCUUACAGUCAGAAAAGGACAGCCUGGUAGCUGCGUUUGAGGUCCAGCUGGGGCAGGUGAAGUCCGAGUGGUCACAGGCACUGGAGAGAACGAAGGAACUGUACAUGGGCAUAAUGGAGAAGAUGAAGGAAGAGCACAAUGCAGCGCUCCAAAGGAUUACUGACCUCAAAGAGCUGGAGCUGAGAGCAGCCGUCUCAGCCACAGGACAUGUAAGGGAGAUGGAGGUGGUGAUGAAUCAGCUGGAAAGUAAUGCUUCCAACCUUUCGGAGAUAACAGCAGUCAUUAACAGCAAGCAAGAUUCAGCUUUGGAAAUGACGCAAAGAGCACUGAAGAUUAAGGAGAAACAGUUACACGAUUUUGAAGCCCAGCUUGCAGCCACACAGGCAGAAAAUGAAAGUGAGAGAGGAAGGCUUAAUGCUCUCAUUCACCGACUGGAAAAUACUUUAGUUCAGCAAGGAUCAGAGGUUGAAAAAGAGAGAUGGAGCUUUGCACAGAAACAAAUGAAGGUUGAAAUAGAGAGGCAAGCCAUCGCAGAAGAAAGAAGACAUUUACAGUUCAGUGUGGAAACUGAGAGGCAGAACAUUGCUAAAACUCGUGAAAUGUUGAUGGAGGAACACCGAGCAAUGCUGCAGGAAAUAUCAAAACAGAAACAAGAGAUAGAGACGCAACAAGCACAAUUAAGCCAAAAGAAGAAACUAAGUGAAUUGUAUUCUGCGAAUGUUAUUCCUGCAACAAGCAACUUCGGCCUGGUAAUUGCAUUUUUGUGUGAUUUCUGGUUCGAGUCGCGACGGGAUAAGCCUCCACCCAACAUGGGCGUGUCGCGGGAUGAGGUAUGUGAGUCAUAUCGCGAGGAGUCAGAAUCAGAGCUGAUGAGGAGGAUUGCACGUCGCCACCGAGCUAUCAAAGAAACCUCUAAGGAAGCCUCGAGCCUCAAAAGCAAGGAGGAGGAGGAGGGUGACAACGAGUAUCUUUAA